AUGCUGGAGGUUUCUUCCAGUCUUUCUUCAUCUUGCGUUCGUGUGCUGGAUUUGAAGCGAUGCACUGCUCACGUGACCGCAGCAUCGCGAUCUCGACGAUGGCAGCAGGCAAUCUCCACACUUCGGGCGGCGAUUGCAACGCUGCAGGCAGAUGUGGUGCUGCUCAACGCAAUGCUUCAGGGCCUCGGGGGAGAGAAAUGGCGGUGGACAAAUCAGUUGCUGUGGUACAUGAGGCAGUCGACGGUGCAGCCAGACCUGUUGACAUUGACAUUUGCCACAAGUUCGUACACUGGCAACUGGGCUCUGACUGUCGGAUUACUCAGUGAAGUCCAUGGAGGCAGAUCUUUGCAGAGAGGAGUUGAACCUGAUACAGUUUUUCUGAAUAACGCUUUGAGCUGCCUGCGGAAAGGCCCUUGGCAAGGAGCUCUUCAAAUGCAUGCAAGGAUGCAGCGAUUCGGGCCUCAAAGUGAUGCGUUCAGCUUUGCAACCAUUGUGAGCGGCACAGCAAAGGCAAGCUCCUGGGUACUGGCAGCCCAGUGCCUGCACACUGCUGGCAGUUCUCGGAAUUUGGUGAUGCUCAACUCCAUGCUGCACGCAUGCAGCAGAGCUUAUUUAUGGGGAAAGGCGAUUGCAAUGCUGCAGGUCAUGCCAGAGAUCAUGACAGAGCCGGAUGUGAUUUCCACCAACACGGCCCUAGCAGCUUGCCAGCGGAGCCACUGGGACAUUGCCCUGGCGGCCUGCACGCGACGUGACUCCUUCACCGCGACCGCCUUGGCCGGAGCCUGCUGGCAGGUGGCCCUCGACUUGGCAGUGGACACCAUCGGCUGCAACGCGGUUUUGGAGGCGUGUGCUUCGGCCAGCGCCUGGCAGACGGCUCUGAGCCUCUUGGAUCACAUGCGCCGCAGAGGGCCGCGGCCAAGCAGCGCGAGCUUCGGGUCUGCGCUGAAGGCCCUCAGCGAGGCGCCCGAGGCGCUCGGCGCCUGGCGUCGGCCGCUGCAGUUUCUUCAGCUCGGCGAGCAGUGCGGGCUACAGUCGCCAGUGCUGCGCUCCGCGUGUGGCGCUGCGCUGGCGGUGCAGUGGCGCAGAGCCCUCAGUGUGUCGAGGCUCAGCGGAGAUGACGUGGCCUUUGCAUCCGCAGAGCUGGCGUUGGUGGAAGCUCCGUGGCAGCAUGCCCUGCAUGUGGUUUUGUUGCGGGCUGUGCAGCGGGGCCAAAGGAAGGAUGCGGACACUUUGUCCAUCCGCGCCUUCUUCUCUCAGUCAUGGUGGCACGCUGCCCUGCACAGCUUUCAGAGGCAGGAUGGAUCCAGAGGUCUCCUGCGAGGUAAUGCUGCCAUGCUGGCUGGGUUUGAAUCCGCACGGUGGACCAUGGCACUCUCUCAGUGGGUGUCUAUGCGACGUCGGCAGGUGCAAGUCGACCUGGUUGCUCAUGGGAGCAUUUUGUCAGCUUACAGGAAGGAGCUGCAGUGGCGCCGCUGCGUGGAUUCUUUGUCCUGGAUGCCGCCGGAGCAUGGGCUGCGCAACGCGGCGAUGGCGGCCUGCGCUCAGGCGGGUCAGCAGCACACGGUGCCCGGGCUGCUGCGAAGGCUUCGGAAGGACAGAGUGAAGGCCGACGUGAUCUCCUACAACACCUGCAUCUCUGCGUACGAGAAGCACACCAGAUGGAAGCAGUCCCUGCAGCUGCUGGAUGAACUGUUUUGCAGCUCAAUCCAGCCUGACGGCACCACGUACGACGCCCUCCUCGGCACCUGCCGUGUUUGGGUCCAGAGCCUGGCGUUGCUGCGGGAAAGGAGCGGCGUCAGCCUGCAGGGCGCCAACGCGGCUCUGGCGUCCCAGGCGCCCUGGGGCCAGCAGCUGCAGCAGCUGGCCAAGCUGCGCCGCGCGUCACUGCGCCCGGAUGUGAUCACCCACAAGGCGCGGGCGCGUUCAGUGGCUGCGGCGUUGUGCUACUGCCAGCGAGGCAAGGCCGAGGCCGGCUCCAAGUUCUUGACGGUGCCGUUUCUGGAAUUUGCCCAGACCGCUCGGCAAGAUGUCGCUGAGCUGGUGGACCAGCUACAGGGCAGCUACCCGGAGCGCUUGCGCGCCUUGUCCACGGUCGUGCUGGAGACCUGGCCUGCGGAGUCGCCGCACUGGCGAGUGGCAGGGAGCGUGUUGCUGCCAGAGGACAGGUUCAAGCAGCUUGUGCAGGAAGUCAAAGACGCGAGCGCAGAGGACUUGGACCCCUCAAGUGCUGCAGCUGUCCUGCGAGCUCUUUGUGCUGUCCAUGGAAGAACCGUCCCGCUGCUCCUGGAUGUAAUUGUCAAGGAGCACGUGCGCCUGGCCGCGAAGCUGCCCCUGGAGGAGCUUGUCCAGUGUGUGUCGGCGUUGCAGACGGCCCCCUGGGCACACGAAUUGAAGGAUUCGCCACUCAAAACCUUCGCGACGCAGGCCGUGAAGCGACUGACUGCUGGCAGGGAAUCCCUGACCUUGCAGCAGUUGGUGCUGCUGCUGCGCGCUAGUCAGAAGUGGGGUCAGACAGGGGGCAGGCGGCCUGUCGCCGCAGAGCUGCAGAGACGUCUUCUGCGUGUAUCUGCACCGAAAGCUGUGUCACCUGAGGCAAAGGACGUAGAAGGCACCAGUGGACAAGACCUCGAGACCGCGGCGUUCGUGGAAGCUGCGCAUGCGCUGGGUGAGGUGGGUGCCCUGCGCGCCAGCCGGUUGCGGCAGGCCCUGCUGCCCGACCAGCUCAGCCUGAAGGAUGCUGUGGAGGUGUUGAGGCACGCGGCCUCGCACGAGACCUUCGAGCCUGCACAUGAGUUCAUUGUCUCCCUGGCCGCACGGAAGAUCACGCAGAGCCAGCGGCAGAUGUCGCCCAGGGAGAUUGCAGCGGCUGUGCGGGGAGUGGCCGCGCUUCAGGCUUCUGGCAAGCCCUUCGCGGUGACGAAGGCGGCUGCUUUGCUCAAGACCCUCUCACCCAGGAUCUUUGGGCGAGUGGCCUACUUCGCACCCAGCGAGCUGAGCGCCCGGGGCCUGAGGGCUUUGAGUUUCGUGGAUGGCCUUGAACUACACCAGGCCUCGCGUCGCCGGCAGCUUUGCAUCGUGGGCGCAGGGCCUGCUGGGCUGCAGUUGGGGCACUUCUUGUCCAAGGACCCCGCGCUGGGAAGCUUCGCGAUUUUUGAAAGAAGCAGCACAGCUGGAAGCUUUUUUCGGCGCUUUCCCAUCCACCGCUUGCUGAUCAGCCUCAACAAGCGCCACGUGCGCGGCGGUGGGGCGGAGUUCCGCAUGCGCCAUGACUGGAACUCCCUGCUUGGCACAGAUGCGCUUGAUCUGGCUCCCAUGACGGCAAGAACCACGGAGUUAUACCCGCACGCUGAUGUGCUGGCUCAGUAUUUGGAAGACUACGCGCAGCACUUGUCUGAAAACAUCGAGUACAAUGUGGAGGUGAUGCAGGUGAUGGCGAAGGAUGGCUCGUUUGAGAUGGAGCUGCGGGGGCCGCGGGGCCGCGGGCUGGCGCGCUGCGGGCGUGUGGUGCUGGCCUCGGGCUUGCUGCCCCAGCACCCGCAGGGGUUUGUGGGCUUGGACUUGCUCACGGGCUAUGAGGACUUGCCCGGCAGCAGCAUGUUCGAGAACAAGUCUGCCCUGGUGUGGGGCUUCGGCAAUGCGGCGCACGAGACCGCCCGAGAGCUGCAGAAGUUCACGCAGGCGGUAACGAUGUUGCACCGGCGCCCGACGGCCACUUUGGAAGGGCCGGCUGCUGACGGGUUGCCGCGGUUCGCCUUCUUCACGCACUACCCUGGGGACAUCAGGACGGUGACGAUGCAGAUCUAUGACUCUUACUUGCUCAAGGCUCUGGACGUGAAGCUGCCGUACGCCGCGGAGGAGGAGCCCGUGUUCCUCCGCUGCGGCGAGAAGAUCUGCGUCUGGGUCUCCAAGAGUAGCCGCUGCGGCGGAGCAGGCAUCGAUCGGGAAAUCUUGCCGCUGCGCUAUGUGACUGCUGAUGCUCCGCGGGAGUGCGUGGUAGAGGUGGGGCAGCUGGAGCCCGGCCACGCGGCGGCGCGGCCUUUGCUGGCGCGACUCCGGUUUUUGCAAUCGCGGGGCCUGGCGGUGGAGGGUCGAGACUUUGCCUGGAGGGAAGGCCCAGAUGUGCAGGAGGCGUUGGUGGAGCGUGUGCUGGAGCUGGGUUACGGAAGUGUGGAGGAGUACUUGGCGGCCCGGGAACGCGACGGCCGCGCCUUCAACGGCGCCUUCGCGGCGCGGCCGCCGCGCCUGGAGCUGUCCUCCGCCUUCCUGGCGCGGCAGCCGCGGCUGCUGGCACAGGUUGCCAGGUUGCGGCCCCAGUUGAGCACCGACCCCUUGCGGCAUGGCUUUGAUGUUGUAGUUCGAUGCCUCGGCUGGCGUGCAAACGCAGGGCAUCAGAAAGGUGCGGCUUUGAAGCUGACGAUGCCAAAGGCCAUGCAAAAGUAUCCCCGCAUGGAUGCCUCGUACCAAUCUGUGGAGAUGCCCGGCCUUUACUUUGCAGGUGCUGUCAGCCAUGGCCGCGACUAUCGGCGCUCUGCUGGGGGCUUUAUCCACGGCUUCAGGUACACCGCACGGGCACUGUAUCGAAUCCUGGCGGACGGCUGGCCAAAUCGCUCCUUUUCGCUGGCGCAGCCUGAGGAGCGUAUGAAGUGGAUGCAGCAGGUGCUCCUCCGGGUCAAUGAAGCUGCAGGUCCAUACCAGAUGUUUGGGGAGUUGGUAGACGUGGUGCUUUUUAGCCCAAACUCGGCGCAGUACUUGGAGGAGUUGCCGGCGGCUUACGCGCAGGAGCAGUUCGGCUUGCGACCCCGCUUGCAGCUGAGCUUCGUCUAUGGGCGCCGCUUCAGCGCGCUGGACCUUCCGAGCCCGGGAGCUGUAGGCCCCGAGUUUGCGGAGUUCUCUGCUUUCCUGCAUCCGCGGCUGGAGCUUUUUGCGCCCUGCGGAGGCCCGGGGCACUGCCCGCCUGCUCUGGCGCACGCCCUGGUUGAAGAUGUCUUCACUGAGUGGCGCUCCGUUUCGGGACACGUGGCGCCCCUGUUUCGCUUUCUGCAGGCGGGGGUUCCGGGCAUCACCGGCCCGGUGCCACUUGAGGAGUCGACCACGAGAAGCCCCUGUGACAAGGAACGAAGGAGACCUGUGCCUACGGAGUUCAGUCCCAGCACUGCGCGGUGGCACGAUGCCCGCGCCUUCGCCUUGGCUUCUGAUCUGAUCGCGGCUCUCGCCGGUGCCACGGUGCCACGCGCCGAAGGUCCUCAUUGCACGGAGAGGGAGAGAGUGCUGAGGACAUUCUUUGUGCCUAUUGGUGGCAGCUGCUGUACAGUCACCAGGCCUUCGCUGGCUCGGGAAAAAGAGGGCAAGGCACUGGAGGAGCUCUCCACAAAGCUGUUGAGGCCAGUGCUGCAGAACUUGCAAGAGCUUCCGUUGAAGCAGGUCACCGCCUGCCUCACUGCCCUGGCGCCGCCGGUACGGCCGCCAGAUGUCAUCAGCCAGGAGGACAGGGGCCUGGUGCGAGAAGCGGUGGCCUCUGCCUUCGCAGGAGCUUCCGGUGAGGUCGAGGGCGUUCCGGUCUUCGUUGAGGGCUGGAUGCAGGACUUCUGGGACGCGGAGCUGCGGGGCCUCGCGGCGGCGGAGCUCUUGGAGCUGGCCUGCGGCCUCCGCGAGGCGGGCAUGGACUGGCGAUUUCCCAUGACUUUGAUCAUGGCAGAGAUCAACCGCCGGCUCCGGCUGUCCCCGGGGCAGCAGCGUCAGGAAGUCGAGCUCUCGCACUUCUUGCUGCUGCGCUUGUGCCGGAUCAUGGACCUGUGGCCGCAUGAGGUGGAGAACAUGCUGAAGAGCAUGCUGUCGAACCCGGAGGCGCUGCGGCCUCUGCCCACGGCAUACUUUGUGGGUGUGCUCACGGCGCUCAGCAGUUUCCCGGUGCCCAAGGACCUCCCCCUGCGCCUCGCGAGCUCCUUCUUGGAUCGGGAGGAGCUGGGGGAAGUGGCGGUGCUGCCCGAGCAGUGGGCAGAUCUUCUGUGUGCCGUGCGCCCACUGGACGAGCCUUUCUUCGAGCGCCUCACGCCGCGACUGCUUCAGCAACUGCUGCCACACCUUUCAGGCCUCCCGGACCCAGUGCUGCUGCGCCUCCUCGAAGUCUUGGCGGCUGCCCCCCCCAAGGAGAAGGGCGAGAUUGUCCCAGCGAGCCCUUUGGAGCAAGCCCCGGGUGCCUUCAGCGUGGCCAUGGCAGAGGUGGUGAAGUCUGGGCGAUGGGAUUUGCAGAAGGUUCUAACAGCGUUCGACUGCCUUGGCAAGCUCGGGUGGUACGAUGAGCGCGCAGUGGCCGAAGUGCUGCGCUGCAUCUUGGCAACCCACUUCCUGGAGCCUCAUGCGCCACUACUGCUGCCGCUGUUGCAAGCCUGCAACCGCCUGCACGUGCACCAUGCAGCACUUCUGCAGAAGGUGGUGACCUGGUACUGCUGGUGCUAUGCCUACUUGUGGAACCAGCCCGUGGAGUCUGAGAAGCUCGAAGAGUUGCUGGAGCUGGCCGAGCAGCUUAUGGACCUGUCUUUCCAGUCGAUGGAGCUUCAAGGCGUCCUGACGGAGAACCUCAGCAACCCAAAUGCUACAGCUAGGCAGUCCCUGAAGCUACUGUCGGUGCUGGCGCGCUUCUCGCAUUUCCCUCCGGAGUUCAAGGAGAGCUGUGCCCGGGUGUGCUCUGGGCAGCGCGAGUCGGACCUCACCUCCCUGAGCAAUGAGGAGCUGGUGAACGCGUUCAACAUCCACCUUUGCGCAGUCUUUGACGGCCCCGCUGCUCUCAAGCAUUGGUUCACUGAGGACGACAGCAUGAAGCUCUUCUUCCAGGUGCACACCUCGCAGAAGUGGUACCAGAAACAGGACUUCUACCGGUCAAUGUUCCGGCAGAGCGAUGCAUUCAUGACGUUGAGGGAUGCUGCGGAGAAGGAGGGGCUGGACCUGCGCACCAGUGAUGCCGGCGAGGUUUAUCACCUCGAGUUUGUUUCCCGGGAUGCCAAGGAGCGCUUGGCGAACCUUUCAGAGCAGCCUCCGCUGGCCGUGAUUUGCAUUACCAACAAGGAGCAGCUGCGCUGGUAUGUGCCAAUCACUGAGGCGGGCGAGGAGCUGGAGAAGCAGAAUCGCUGCCGGCAGUUCCACUACAUGUUCAAAGGUGCUGUGCAGAAGGUUCGGCAUGCCCAGACCAUGGGCUACCGGCCGUGCAUCAUUUGGAUGUCUGACUGGAAUGAGCUCAAGACAGAGGAGGAGCGACGGCAGUACCUGAAGACGGCAACUGCGGACUAUGAGGCCUUCAGGCCUUUCGCUGAGGAGGAAGAUCUCUAUCGAUGA